GCACCAUUCCACUCUAACCCUCCAAAUCCUUCUACUUUCUCUGUCCUCUUCAAUCCCAUUUCUUCACAAAAUCAUGGGCAAUUUCUCUCUUCCCCAUGCACUCUUUCUCUCUCUUCUAGUCCUAUCACUAGCUACUACCUCCUUCACUGCUACUACUGAUAAUAAUGAGCUAAACACCCUUCCUUACGCUCUCCCUUCCUCCGCCCCUGCCACCGCCCCAACCCACCACCAACACCACACUCUCUCUCCUUCCUCCGCCCCCACCCACCAUCACCAUCACCACCACAACAAAUCUCACUCACCUUCCUCCGCACCCGCACACGCACCCGCUGCCGCCCCAACCCACCAUCACCAGUCUCACUCCCCUGCCUCCGCACCCACUUCCCACCACUACAACCACUCUCACUCUCACUCUCCUGCCUCUGCACCCACUCCCCACCACCACCACCAGCACCAUCACAACAAGUCUCACUCUCCUGCCGCUGCCCCAGCACACUCACCAGCUAAGUCCCCGUCUUACCCGCCAACAAAGGCGCCUGUUCCUGUUCCUGUUCCAGCUCCUGCUCCUCACCAUGUAAUGCCGCCUAGGAAGUUGGUGGCUGUUGAAGGUGUUGUUUACUGUAAGAAUUGUUCUUAUUCUGGUGUUGCUACUCUCACUGGCGCCUCCCCUCUUUCUGGAGCAAGAGUGGAGCUAAGAUGCAGGAACACAAAGUACAUGAUAAAGAAGGAAUCAACAACGGACAAAAAUGGGUUCUUCUUUCUUGAGGCCCCAAAAUUAAUAACCACAUAUGGGGCCCACAAAUGCAAGGUCUACCUAUUAGAAAAGCCCAAUAACAGUGGGGCAUGCUCCCAUGCAACCAAUCUAAAUGGAGGGAUUUCAGGCGCUUUCCUCUUCUUUAACAAAACCAUGGCCCCACCUCCUAAGCCUCUGCCUUACUCUCUCUUCACUGUGGGUCCCUUUGCUUUUGAGCCUUCAAAGUGUUACAAACACUAGAAAGGGAAAUGAGAGUAAAAAUUAAAAAAAAUUAAAAAAAAAAAAAGUUUAAAAUUUGAAAAGUGAAUUAUUUAGUUCCCCAUGCUUUUGUUGGUUUUUAUAAAGCGUCUUUUAAUGUAAUUUGUUUCAUGUAACGUUUUAUAUUUGUCUACUUAUUAUAAUGUAUGAGUAGUGGAGAUUGGAAAGAGAAAAGAGAGAUAUGAGUUCAGUUGUGUCAGUUGUAAUUCAGAAUUGUGUUAUGUGUUUUGUUUUAGCAAGGAAGAAUAAUAACAUUGCAAAAAUGCAUGAUUAUUACUCACUUGUGUAUGGUUACUAUGAAAUUUGAAAAUGAUAUUAAUGUCAAAUGUAAUGUCAAAAAUGCACGCAAUGUUUUCA